CAGCAGCAGUUUUCGCCCUCAUAUCCGCACGCCUACGAUCAGCUAUCUCAAGCUCCUGUUAGUCUUUUCAGUCAUGAUCUGGGUACCACUGUGUCUAUUCUACGGCUGUAUAUACAAACGCAGUACAUUGGCGCACAAUGUGUCGGUGCAGAUAGUCGAUCUCGAUGGCAGUCCGGUUGGUGCUAAUAUAGCACAAAUGGUCAUGGAUAUCCCUGAAACAGAUUCUCUCUCGACAUGGGUUCGCAUGGGCGGUUUUGACUCUCCUGAAAGCGUCGAGACAUGGGCGCUGACUGUUAUCGAGUCGAGUGGUCGACACCCGAUUAGCGAGAUGUUGUUCAUCAAAGCAGGGCUGACCGAGGCAGUAUCUGUAGUUUCAAGCCAGUACUCGCUCCAACUUGUGAAGGGAUUCCAGUCGCAGCAGAUGGGGCUCGGUGGAUCAGAUACGGCACAAACAAACGCAGCAGCGCUACUGCAGCCCAUUGGAUACACAACAGUCGAGGUAUCGCCAGACAACUACAGCAACGCGCCGUUCGCCUUCAUGUUCGGCUGCUUCUUGCAUCUCACAACAUUCCCAUUCUUCACCAAUGUCAGAUUCAGAGAUCUGGCCAUUAUGUGGCCAGCUCUCAUCGUCAGCAUGUCACUCAUCCUGUCGUUCUAUUUGUCGCUGGCAUUCCUUGGCCCUCUCUUUAUCGCUUGUCCAUCCGUCCCUACUGUUAUCUGCACUGUUGUCGCAUGUGCGACAGCCCCUGAACUUGCACCUAGCUUUUACAAGAUCUUCUACGCGAUGCCGUCCUACAACGGCUACCGAAUCUUUCAGUACGUAGUCACUGGUGCUUAUCCGCACAACGGUAAGCACACCGGAAUUCUUAUUGCAGAGAUUGUGGCGAUGAUACUGCUCAUGACUGCCGGUGUCUGGUUCCGCCAGCUCUUUGUCCUGCGUGGCAUCGCCGACUCGCAUGGUUGGUUCCGCGGGGAGACUUAUUUCCACUCGGAGAUUCCGUAGUACAAGGACGUUGCUGUGCAGCAGUAUGGUGAUUCGGAGAGCACACUUCAGACACAUAGCACAGAGACAAGGUCAAUCGA